AUGUUAUAUCUAAAUAUUUUAGUAAAAGGCACACGAUUGUUGAUAAUGAAUUGCAAUAGAAUUGAGGUGAUAGAAGCACUUGUAUUCAAUGUUGAAAUAUUUUGUCUGCCUUAUAGAGAUGACCAAUAUUAUGUUGCUGAGGGUCUAAAAUUGAAUUACUUUGAUGUUCAAAAAGCGAAAAUUGGGGAAGAUUGGUAUGAGUAUUGUGUAGAAAAAAGACGCAAAUUUAAAACUGCUUUAUCAUUUGCUGAGAAUAUGAUGUUUAGUGAUGACGAGCAUAUCGACGAUCUUCCCCUUGCUAUUUCUCUGAGAUCUGCAAUGUAUGAUUUCGAAAAUAAAUUCCAGUUUAAUACCAACAAAUUGUUUGAAUAUGGCAUCAAAAAAAUUCUCAAAGGAACGUAA